AUAUUUCAGAAAACUUGCAGAUACAAGGGCAUCAUGUUUGUGUCCGAGUCAAUUGGAAACAACACUCAGAAAAAGCUUAUAAAAAUAGAUAUCAGUUCAGACAUUAUGUGUCCAUGGUGCUUUGUGGGCAAACAAAAUCUUGACAAAGCUAUAGCUGCAUCUAAGGAUCAUUAUGACUUUGAGAUUAGAUGGCAUCCAUUUCAACUUAAUCCUUCUGCCCCAAAAGAAGGCAUCAAUAGGAAAGAGUAUUACAGGAACAAGUUUGGAUCUCAAACUAAGAGGAUAGAAGCUCGGAUGUCAGAGGUUUUUAGGGGCCAUGGAUUGGAAUAUAACCUUUCAGGACUCACAUAA